CGUGGCACAAUACAACUAUACAAUUUACAGAGCACAACUAUGCCUAUCCUCUCGCUGAACUCGCAUAAUUUACCCACGGGCACGAACAGUUACUCAGCCCUUGGGCUGAGUGGUACCGGUCCCACACCUGGCCUACCACCAUUGGGCGCCUCUCUAACACAUCCCUCAAUCCCGGGACUGGAUACAAGCGCUCUACUCGGCACCAGCGGUCUAACCGGAUUGGGUACCGGUCUCGCCGGCACAUCAUCGCUUUAUGGCCUCGGCAGUGGUGUUAGUGGGUUGGCACCCGGAUUGCAGAACACUUUUGGUCCACCGCCUUCAUUUCUCGACGUAGCCUCGUCCGCAUCAUAUCCCUUUACAUCGGCUGCCCUGCGCAAUGCUACCAAAAUGAAAAUGUUGGAAGAGAUCGAUAUACCGUUGACACGUUACGGAAAUCGUAGUUCGCCUUGCUCACCGAUACCACCUAAUACCUGGGGCUUGGAUGAAUUCCAGGACAGUUUGAUGCACAGUCGAAGUGGUUUAGCUUUAGCGCCAUUGGAUUUAGAAACUCGCAAUCAUAAUUUGAACAAUGGCAUCAGUGAACCUCAAGUGGAUAUGUUAGAUAUACCAGGCAAAGGACGUUGUUGUGUAUUUAUAGCACGUUUUCCUUACGAUCCACCAGAGGACGCCGAAGGUGAACUAUCAUUAUGUGCUGGCGAUUAUCUGUUAGUUUGGACCAGUGGUGAGCCUCAAGGUGGUUACCUUGAUGCUGAAUUGUUGGAUGGUAGACGAGGCCUGGUGCCUGCCUCAUUUGUACAGCGGUUAAUAGGCGAUGAUCUCUUGGAAUUCCAUCAAGCUGUGCUGUCCACCUUACGCGAUGCCGAAGAUGGUUCGAUGCAAUGUGAUUCAACGUCAUUGCCCUCAUUGCCACCACACAAUCCAUUGCUCACCCACACACAAGAGGAUUUGGCUAGAUUAAGUGAAUCGCAUACAGAUUUGGAACAUGAUCAGGAUGACAUUAGUGAUAAUGUACCAGCACCAAAACAUUUAACAUUGGAAAGGCAACUGAACAAAAGUGUACUGAUCGGUUGGUCUCCUCCGGAACCAUGUGGCUACAAUCUCAUUGAUAGUUAUCAUGUCUAUGUGGAUGGUGUACUUAAAGUCACGGUAAAAGCUAAUGAACGCACACGUGCUCUUAUAGAGGGCGUGGAUUCAAAUCGGCCUCAUCGCAUUAGUGUUCGCAGUGUCACCCAGAAUCGCCAACAAUCACGUGAUGCCGCCUGUACAAUGAUCAUUGGUCGUGAUACCUCACAUUUGGGUCCAUCAUCAGUUCGUGCUACACACAUAACGUGUUCAUCGGCUGUCAUCACAUGGCUGCCAGCCAAUUCCAAUCAUCAGCAUGUCGUCUGUGUAAAUAAUGUGGAAGUGCGAACUGUUAAGCCGGGUGUCUAUCGUCAUACCAUAACGGGUUUGGCUCCCAGCACCCAAUAUCGUGUAACGGUAAGGGCAAAACAUUUAAGGGCACCCGGUGGUUCACAGCCCGGACAGGGACGUCCACAGGAGGAAGCUCCCGGAGCGUAUGCUGAUUUCCGUACAUUAACCAAGGGGUUACCAGAUCCACCACAGGAAAUUCAACUUGAGGCUGGUCCUCAAGAUGGUACCAUUCUAGUGACAUGGCAGCCAGUUAAUAGGCCCACAUCAUCGGGGCCUGUAACCGGCUAUUCUGUGUACGCUGAUGGUAAAAAGGUAACCGAUAUCAAUUCACCCACGGGUGAUCAUGCACUCAUAGACAUUGGUAAAUUGGGUACAUUCAAUCCAAGAGCCGUGACUAUACGAACGAAAUCGCGUGACUCACAAUCGGCUGAUAGUGCACCCAUACUAAUACCAAAUUCUGUACGAAAUGCCGUGGGUAGAAGGGGACCAAAUCAAAUGGGCAUGGGUAUGGGUCCACAAUUACCCCAAGGGCCACACGGUCAAAUGGGUAUGCAACAGCAAAUGAUGGGCCAGGAUCCGAAUCAAUAUGAUCCAAAUCAAAUGCAUCCACAACAGCAACAGCAGCAGGGAAUGCAACAACCGGGCCAACAACAGCAAGGACAACCAGGUCAAGCGGCCGACGGAAGUUCUGGUUUAUUAGGAGGCAUACUCGGCGGCCUCUUUUCCAAACAAACACCUCAGACUCAAGCGACUCAAAAUGUUAACGGUUACCCACCGGGCCAGCAGCAGCAACGUAUGAUGCGGCCACAAGGACCUCAGGGUAUGCAGCAGCAGCAACAACAACCGUAUGGACCUCAAGGCCCCAUGGGUCCACAGCAGCGUUUCCCCGGCCAACGAGGACCUGCCCCUCCGGGUCAAAUGCAACCUGGUGGACCCAUGCAGCAGCAGCAGGGCAUGAUGCAAGGUCAAAUGCCUGGCCAAAUGCAACAGCCUGGUAUGCAAGGCGGCCAAAUGCAGGGUGCUAUGGGCCUUCGAGGUCCACUCAACCAGCAACAGCAGCAGCAACAACAACAACAGCAAAUGCAACAGCAGCAACAAAUGCAGCAGGGCCAGCACAUGCAACAGGGCCAACAAAUGAUGCCCGGCCAGCAAGGCCUUACGCCCCAACAACAACAGCAGCAACAAAUGGCCGCACAGAAAAAGCCGCGCUAUUUCGUUGCUAUGUUCGACUAUGAUCCAAGCACAAUGAGUCCCAAUCCAGAUGGAUGUGACGAAGAACUGCCAUUCCAAGAGGGUGAUACAAUAAAGGUUUAUGGUGACAAGGAUGCCGAUGGUUUUUAUUGGGGCGAAUUGCGCGGUCGUCGCGGUUAUGUACCUCAUAAUAUGGUGACGGAGGUUGAUGAUGGCACCGGCCAAAUGGGUCAAAUGCCACAACAACCUGGCGGCACUGCACAAGUUAUGCCCGGUCAGGUGGGCACCCAGCAAAGUAUGCGCAAUGUUAGUCGCGAUCGUUGGGGUGAUAUAUACGCGAAUAUGCCCGUUAAACGUAUGAUUGCCCUCUACGACUACGAUCCACAAGAGCUAAGUCCGAAUGUGGAUGCGGAACAAGUGGAAUUAAGUUUCAAAACGGGUGAAAUCAUACUUGUGUAUGGUGAUAUGGAUGAAGAUGGUUUCUAUAUGGGCGAAUUGGAUGGUGUUCGUGGCCUAGUGCCAUCGAAUUUCUUAGCCGAGGCGCCCGACACAUAUAGUAAUCAAAUGAUGCAAGGUGGUGGCCCUGCAGGACGCGGUGGCUUGGCCAGUCAAAGGGGCAGAGGUCAAGGGCCGGGUGCUAGAGGACCUCCACCACCGCCGCGCGACAACAUGAUGCCUGGUAUGGCUGGACCACGUGGUCCCCAAGGAAAGAGUAAGUAAAAGUAUUCA